AUGGCUUUGCUAAGUCCUGACGACUUGACAGGGCGGACUCCCUCCCCCAUUGCAACGUCCCCAGGUGUAUCGCACUUUGGUUUGGAUCGAAGGCACAGUGCGGCAGCCUCGAGUAUCGUUUCAGAUCGAUCAGGGCACCAGGAUCGGCAUGCAGCGGCUCUGAAAUACCUGCACAAAAAAUGUGAUCAACACAAGUGGCUCGAGCCGGCUGAAGAUGAAUUCGGCAUUAUCGAACAUAGUGCCGAAAGCCUCGGCGUUCUUCUUCGACGACCUGAUGGCACUUACGCCGCUGAGCCCAUGUUUGUCAGCCUCCAAGUCGCCAGGGCGGUUGAGAUGCUUGGAGCCAUGGUAGCAUUCACCAUGUCGUCUGAGGUCGUUGGCCAAGUCCUUCAGCAGACGCCCCCUCGUCAGACUGAAAUUCUCCUUGGUCCACACAGAAGAGAUGUUUCUCCCAUCGUAGAUUCCCUGGAGAAUAUCGUUUCAGGAAGAGCAAUAAUCAAAAGGGACUACAACAUGUGCUUCUGCCGCAAUGAGCGCUUCCUCCUUCUCUGGGGUAACACAGUCUCUGGCAUCCUCGCCCAUGGUUCAGACAUCGAAACCCGAUUGUUUGACUUGGUGUUGGGAGCACAAAUGCCUGCACCUCUGAUGGCGGCCACUCACCGCGAGACCAUUGCAGGUAGAGGAAGCUCUGUUUACCCUGGAGAACCUCAGCCGCCAUAUUUUCCUACAUCGCCAAUUGUAGACUUCGCUCUUGAUGAGAAGCAGAAGGUCAUCGCUUCUGCCCUUGAGCGCGAGGACCAGGGAGAAAGACUCUUUGAUCCCGAGCGAGAUGGUUUGGAGAUCCCCAAAAGACCGUUCCUCCUCACCCACGCAGUGAUCGUUGGCCUCGCCAUGAUCCUCGUUGUGGUCCUCCUGACCGAGGUUCGAUACGAUGGGAAUUACAUGCGCUUCGCACUGCUUGCAACGGUCCCGCUCUUCGCGAGCUUCUCACUGUUCUUCAUGAUCGUCAUCACUGGGUCCGUUUUCCAACUCUUUGGCCCGCUGUCUGGGGUUCAGGGCAACAGCAUGUUUUAUUCCGCCAAUGCACCCAAGCUUGGAAGACAACCGGACUACGAAUUACCUCACGUGACAAUCCAAAUGCCUGUGUACAAGGAGGGACUAAAAGGAGUCAUUAUUCCGACUGUCGAAACACUGCUCAAAGCAGUCAAGCACUACGAAGAGCAUGGUGGCACAGCGUCCAUCUAUGUAAACGACGACGGCAUGCGGCUUGUCAAUGAAGACCUACAACAGGCUCGCAAAGCCUACUACGAGCUCAACGAUAUCGGCUGGUGUGCCCGUCCGAAGCAUAAUGAGAACCCCGAUGCAACAAAAGGCGAAAUUCAUUUCGUUCGCAAAGGUCAGUUCAAGAAGGCCUCUAACAUGAACUAUUGUCUCGAUUUCUCGUUGCGCGUUGAAGACGAGCUUCAGAGUAUGCUGGGUGUCGUAUGCGCCGAGCGAGGCUGCACUCAAGAUGAUCUUUCCAUCGACGACGAGACCAGCUUGUACGAGCAGGCCCGUGACGCUAUCGUAGAAACAGACCAAGGCCGCACUUGGGCCGGUGGAAACGUGCGUCUCGGAGAGCUCAUUCUCAUCAUCGACUCUGACACUCGCGUUCCCGAGGAUUGCCUGCUUUACGGCGCCCUGGAGAUGCACGAAUCUCCCGAAGUUGCCCUCCUGCAGCAUGCGUCUGGAAUCCUCCAAGUCGUCAACAACGUCUUCGAAAACGGCAUCACAUACUUCACGAACCUCAUCUACACGAGUAUCCAAUUCGCCGUCGGCAACGGCGACUGCGCCCCCUUUGUCGGCCACAACACCUUCAUCCGCUGGAAAGCCAUCCAGAGCAUCUCGUGGUUCGACGAUGCCGACCAAAUGACCAAAUUCUGGUCCGACAGCCACGUCUCCGAAGACUUCGACGUCUCACUCCGCCUCCAAAUGUCCAACUUCGUCGUCCGUCUCGCAACCUACCACUCGGGCGGCUUCAAGGAAGGCGUCUCCCUCACCGUCUACGACGAGCUCGCGCGCUGGGAAAAAUACGCCUACGGCUGCAACGAACUUGUCUUCCACCCGCUCCUCCACUGGCCCACCCACGGCCCCCUUACGCCGCUCUUCCGCCGCUUCCUCGCGUCCAACAUCAAAAUCACGUCCAAGGUCACCAUCCUCGCCUACAUCGGCACCUACUACGCCAUCGCCUCGGCCAUCCCCCUCACCCUCGCCAACUACCUCCUCGUCGGCUGGGCCGGCGCGAGCGUCGACCAGUUCUACCUCACCUCGUGGCAGAUCUUCGUCGGCAUGGCCGCCGUCUUCAACGUCCUCUCUCCGCUCGGCUACGCCAUGCUGCGGCACCGCCUCGGCCAGGCCACCUUCUUCGCCGCCCUGCUCGAGACGGCCAAGUGGACGCCCAUGUUCCUGCUCUUCUUCGGCGGCGUGUCGUUCCACCUCGCCAAGGCCAUCCUGUGCCAUUUCCUCGGCGUGAGGAUGGAGUGGACGACGACGGCGAAGGAGCUGGCGCCGGGCGGUGGCGGGUUCAGGGCGGGCCUGGAUCGGAUCGUGAGGGAUUUCAAGUGGAUGUAUCUGUUUUGUGUGGCUGUGGCCGCGGGCAUGGUGUACUUGGCUGUCUAUGCGCCGAGGGGGUGGCGGAUUGAGGACUUUGCGGCGAUCGUGCCUGUCGCGAAUUGGGUUGGGUGUCAUGCGCUGUUGCCGUUUGCGCUGGGUCUGUUCUGA